AUGUGUCCGAUCUGCAAGACGGAUCGGUACCUUUCCCCAGAUGUGAAGUUUUUAGUGAACCCAGAGUGUUACCACAAGAUAUGUGAAUCUUGUGUGGAUCGUAUAUUUAGUUUGGGGCCUGCCCAGUGUCCCUAUAAAGGUUGUGAUAAGAUUUUGAGAAAAAACAAGUUCAAGACUCAGAUAUUUGACGAUGUUGGUGUUGAGAAAGAAGUGGAUAUCAGGAAAAGGGUUUUCAAUGUAUUCAAUAAACAGUUAGAUGAUUUUGAUGGCAAUACAGAUGAAUAUAACAAGUAUUUGGAAGAAGUGGAAGACAUAGUCUUGAAUUUGGAUAAGGGAAUUGAUGUACAAAAGACUGAGGAAAAGUUGAGAACUUACGAAGAGUUGAAUAAGCAGCUAAUUAUGACCAACAUUGAACGUAAUAAACAAGAUCUAGAGAGUUUUGAACAGAGACAGCAGUUUGAAAAAGAAAUGAAGAUGAAGAAACGUACGCUUGAAAGACAAAUUGAAGAAGAGGAAAGAAUGAAUAACGAAUGGGCUAAAAGGGAAAUCGUCAAUCGAUUAUCUAGUGCUGACGAUGCUACAGAUAUCAUUGAAGGUGUAAAGAAUACCGUUAAACUAAAGAAGUCUAGUGCUAGAAGAAAACUAGAAGAGUUAAACCGUGUGCUAAAGAACAACCCAUACUCGGCGGCAAAUAACAGUGGUCCUCGUAAGGAUGCAGUGCCUUUCACACCAUUCAACGGUGACAGAGAUAUAACGCCGAAAUAUACUUACGAUGAGGCAUUAUACAACGAUCCAUUCAUUCAGGACUUGAAAGAUAGAAAAGAGUUCAUCGCUUCAGGUUUCAGACCUGAUUAUGUAUAUAAAAGAGUACUCACAGAGGCGUUCAUGGGAUUGGGAUGUGUCUUAUCAGACGAAUUACAGGCAUCCCAAAUGGCAACAUCACAAACCUCUUAA